UUGAAGCCGUAAUGUACGUUAAACUUUUCGUUCUUUUCCUCAUUUAUGUUUCCAUCGGAGGCAGUAAUACGCAAAAUGUUACUUCAGAUCCGGAUCCCAUACUGAGCAUCAUCAAGAGGGAUGGCUACCCAGCCGAGUCUUAUGAAGUUACGACGAAAGAUGGCUAUAUCAUAAGUCUACAUCGUAUCCCUCCUAAAAUGCAAACAUCUAAAGUUGUAUUCCUUAUGCAUGGAAUGUACGUCUCAGCUGUAGAUUUUCUAAUCUUGGGACCGUAUCAAAAUAAGGCAUUAGCGUAUACGUUAGCCGAUGCUGGGUAUGAUGUGUGGCUCGGUAACACACGCGGAAAUAAGUUCUCGAAAAAGCAUUCCACUAUCACACCAAAUGAUGACGAAUACUGGGAAUUUAGUUGGAAUGAGAUCGGUACCUUCGAUUUACCAGCAUAUAUUGAUCACAUUCUUGUAAAAACAGGACAGAAAUCAUUGCAUUAUGUUGGGCAUUCUCAGGGAACCACAGUAUUCUUCGUUAUGCUCUCUGUAUUCCCAGAAUACAACGAAAAGAUUCGAACAUUCCAUGGGAUAGGACCAGUUUUGAAAAUAAAGCAUCCUUCUCCUUUAGCACAGUUUCUCGCUAAUAACGCAGAUGAGAUUGAGGAAGCUUUAACAAUGUUUAACAUAGUCGAAAUGCCUAUCGGUAUGAGUGAAGCAGAAAAUGGAGCCACUAUGUUUUGUAAAGACGGAACACCUUUUGCAUCCCUGUGUGGUAAUUUACUUUUCGCAUUGGUGGGGAAAAAUCGUCCACAAUUCAAUGGGACCCUACUUGGGCCAAUUUUGAAACACACCCCAGCAGGAAUGAGCUACAGACAAUUGAAUCAUUACUUGCAGUUGAUUAAUUCGAAGAAAUUUCAGUUCUACGAUUACAAAAGUGAAGACAACUUAAUGAAAUACAAGUCUGCUACACCACCGGAAUACGAAACAUCAAACAUUAAAGUUAAAAUGCAAAUUUUAUACGGAACACAUGACUUGUUGAGUACACCACAGGAUGUUGAAGAUUUAAUUGAAUAUUUCGGCCAGCAUGUAAUCGAUGUGGUCAAACUUAACGAUUGGAAUCAUGUAGAUUUUGUCUACGGCAAAGAGGCCAAUAAAAUGGUCUAUCAAAAAAUAAUUGAAGUCAUGGGGAAGUAUUAGUGUUAAUGUGCCAUGCACAGGUUUCUUUUUAGGAUUUUUGGUUUGUUGAUGAUUUUAUAAUUGGCAUGGUAG